GAGUAUGUGCAGCGUGUACAGACCUGCACAGAGCAGAUAUAAGACACACACACACGCGCUCUCUGCAUGUGUCUCAGCUCUGAGCAGGACUCUCUGAACUACCUGGAUUCUGGUAUAACUGGACUUUGUGGAUUGUGGAUUGUGGACUUUGGACUUUGGACUCUGGACUCUGUGGACUCUGUGGACUCUGUGGUCUCUGUUGUCUCUGUGGAUUCUGGUCUCUGGUCUCUGGUCUCUGGUCUCUGUGGACUCUGUGGACUCUGGACUCUGUUCUCUGUGGACUCUGUUCUCUGUGGACAUGAGGAGUAGUUGGUGGAUUUCAGUGUGUGGCCUCCUGGCUGCAGUUUGUAGUCUCCACGCCACACACACAUUUUACUCGACGCUUCUCUGUGAGUGUAACGGUAAAUCUGGUUACUGUCUCCGUGACGACAUGGGUCUCCACUGUGUCGACUGUCAGGGAAACACCGAGGGCCGCCACUGCGAGCGCUGCAAGGCUGGCUUCUACCUGCAGGGGGCGGGGCUGAGCUGCACGCCCUGCCGCUGUAAUGCCACAGGCUCUGUCAGCAGCACGUGUGACAGCAGGGGGCGCUGCAGCUGUAAACAAGGAGUGAGCGGACAAAAAUGCAACCGCUGUCCAGACGGAGCCAUCGGACCAAAUGGCUGCACACAAAAACGUCAAACCAGAGAGGAUUCUGGGAGUGAGACUCCGCCCUGUUUCUGUUACGGUCACAGCAGCAGAUGUUCUGCUCACAACAGUUUCUUUGUCUACAUCAUCAACUCCAGCUUCACUGGCGGUCCUGAUGGUUGGACAGUGUCCUCAGUUCAUGGUAUCACUCCCUCAAACGUUCAUUUCCGUUGGUCACCCUCUCAUGGAGACGUGGAGGUCAUCUCUAAGAACAGUCUUCCUGUUUACCUGUACGCCCCAGCUCGUUACCUUGGAAACCAGUUGCUCAGUUACGGUCAGAACUUCUCCUUCUCGUUGCGUCUGGACCGUGGCGUCCGUCAUCCGUCCACCAACGAUGUAAUUCUGGAGGGAGGCGGCUUGAGAGUCUCCGCCUCCCUGGGCGACCUGCGGUCCAUCGUCCCCUGUGGACAGAAGAUCAAGUACAGCUUCAGGUUGGACGGCUCAGACAGCAGGUGGAGACCUCAGCUCUCGUCUCUUCAGUUCCAGACGCUGCUGCAGAAUCUGACUGACAUCAAGAUCCGAGCCACAUUUGGUGAAAAUGGACGUGGUUACCUUGACGACGUGCGACUGGUGUCGGCCCGGCGUGGGGACGGUGUCCCCGCCCCCUGGGUCAGGACCUGCAGCUGUCCCUCAGGUUACGCAGGUGAGUUCUGCGAGCACUGUGCAGACAGGUUCAGACGCUCGCGUCCAGCAGAGGGCGCCUUUGGUCCGUGUGAACCCUGCAGCUGCACAGGCGGCAGCUGUGACCCGAUGACCGGUGACUGUUACUCUGCUGACCAGACGCCUGAAGACCUCAGCUGCACCGCAGGCUUUUACCGCAACGCCUGGAAGACGUGUGUCAAGUGUCCCUGUCCACAUGGGCUGUCCUGCUCCCUGCCUGCAGGCUCACUGCAGCCACUGUGUGACCGCUGUCCAGCCGGAACCACUGGUCCUCUCUGUGACGUGUGUCAGGACGGUUUCUAUGGCGACCCCUGCAGGCCGUGUCAGUGUAACGGUCACAUCGAUGUCAGUGUGGCGGGAAGCUGCGACCGCCGCAGCGGUGAAUGCCUGAAGUGUGUGAACAACACGAGAGGACAGAACUGUGAGACGUGUGUGAGAGGAUUCUAUCACAGUCGUCUCUCUGACCCCUGCAAACCGUGUGACUGUGACCUGAGCGGCUCCGAGUCUCGUCAGUGUGAUGACGUCGGUCUCUGUCAGUGCAGACCAGGACAUGAAGGACUCAAGUGUCAACGAGUCAGCUGUCCCUCCUGCUUCAACCCCAUCAAGACACAGAUGGACGUCUACAUGCUCAGACUGAAGGAGUUGGACACUCGUCUGUCUGACAUGGACGGAGGUCUGACAGCCAACAGUGGCCUGAAGGAGGCGCUGCAAGCAGCUGAGCAACUGGUGGACGACCUGCAGGACAACAGUGAGGAGCUGUUAGAAAUGGAAAAAAGCCUGCAGAGCCGUCUGUCAUCCAUCAGCAGGAGUCAGCUGACUACGGGUCAGGACGUCCACAACGUCCAGGACACGGUCGAGGACAUCAAACAGCUGCAGAGGACAUAUAAGACAGAGGUGGACGAGGUCCAGACGCUGGUGACGGACAUGAGACGCAAACUGGACGAGGCCAAAGCCGACCUCAGAUCGGCUGAGUUUCCGCUUGGUGACGCUUCUCUGCCGUCAACGCUCUGGUCAUCGCUGGUCCAGACUGCCAAGGGUUUGGCUGAUACACACCAGACGAAGGCUGAGGGCGUGGAGGACAUGGCCAACGCCGCUCUGAGCGACUCUGAGAAGAGUCUGGCUCUGGUCCGGACUCUCCAGAACCAAGAGAACAGAGUCAAAGAACAGCUUGGAGAUCUGAAGACAAUGUUCGAUCAGACUCUGGCACGGGUGAAGGGUCUGGAGGACCAGGCGGUCCAUGUUAGCGCUGAGGCUAAAGACGAAAGCAAGAUGGCAGACGACAUGUUGAAAAACAUCGCUAACAUGGAGCGAAACAUCCCGACGUCCCUGAAGGGGCAGAUGGACGCCAUGAUGUCCAGGUUGGAUGAUCUGAAGGACGAGGUUGACGAGAACAUCUCAGGCUUCGAGGUGAUGCAGGACGGCGUGCAGCGAGACAGGACGGCCACAGAGAAGCUGUUAGCCAAGGGCAAGUCGUCCCAGCAGGACGCGAACAAACUCCUGGACCGUGUCUACGUCGCCGAGGCCGACACCACGGCCGCUCUGCGGCGCAUCAGCAGCAACACCAAGGAACUAGACGACGCCCUGAAUGCGCUGAAAGGGUUCGACCAGCAAAUCGACGGCGGCAAAGCUCUGGCCGACGCCGCCAUAAGGCGUCUCCCCAGCAUCAGCGCCACCGUCCAGCAGGCUGUUAGCAACAACAACGCCACAGGCUCCUCCCUCAAAGACGUGUUGACGGACUACAGCCACACCCUGGGACUCAUGGAUGGACUUCAGGACCUGGUCACCGGUCUGGAGGGGACAUUCGCGGCGUUGCCGUCUCGCACUGGUCUUGUCAAUGAAGCCAUCAAGCUGAACGCAGACGCCAAGGGUCUGAAGACACGGGCCAUCGACGUGGCCAGAGACCUUGACUUCGAGCUAGACAACGCUAAGAAGCUGGAGGCCGACGCCCAGCAGGCGGCGUCUGAUGCAGUGGCUGCAUUCAAUAACGCCAAAGGGACCCGAGAUGCCGUGGGACAGACGCUCAGAGACAUCACCGCUCUGCUGGCCAACAUGAACCAGCCUGGUGCUGUGGAUGAAGAUCGUCUGAAGCAGCUGGAGGCGGAGCUUGCUAGCGCCCACAGAGACAUAGAGGGCGGGCUGAAGCCUCGGCUCGUGAACAUGAAACAGCAGGAGGAUGCCAUGCGUCACCGACUCACCACCAUCAACCUGGACAUCGACACCGUCCUGAGAGACAUCGCUAACCUGGAGGACAUACUGAAGGCCGUCCCCGAUGGCUGCCUCAACAGCUCGCCCAUCGAGGAGCCCUGAGGUCAUGUGACCACUCAUUUUAACCAAUCAUCAAAGCACAUUCAUUUUUCUGUUGUUUUACAUUCAAAAGAAACUUUGUUUAAAUUUCAAAAGUGAGACACAGAGGACGUGGGGACAUGUCUCACCUGCAUCUUCUCUCUUAUGACACUUCUAUAUUCAGAGAUUAUUUCAGAGAUUUAAAUGUAAGCAUUGCAUAUUUAUAUAAAAAACAAUCACUUUCA